CGGCCAUGUUGGACGAUGGCAGCUGCAUGUGCUGUAUGGAGGAGUGUGCAGGAUCUGGCACAGGAGGUCCGGGAGCUCCAUGGAUCAGACGCUAUCUCAUACCUGGAGGAUCCUCCAACACCGCUGCAGUUUCAUCGGGAUUGGCUGAAUCCCAACAGACCAUGUGUUAUACGAAAUGCCUUCAACCAUUGGCCAGCCCUACACAAGUGGACAUUCGAUUACCUCCGGACCUGUAUAGGAUCCAAGCAUGUGAGUGUGGCCGUUACUCCUAAUGGUUAUGCUGAUGCCGUAUACAAGGAUAAGUUUGUCAUGCCGGAGGAGAGGUCCAUGAAGCUGGCAGAUGUUCUGGAUAUCAUUGAGAAGAAAACCAGCAGCCCAGGAGUGUAUUAUAUACAGAAACAGUGCUCCAAUCUGACAGAGGAAUUCCCAGAACUGACUGGAGAUGUGGAGACUCAUGUACCAUGGAUGAGUGAAGCUUUAGGAAAGCGCCCAGAUGCUGUUAAUUUCUGGCUGGGAGAGUCUGCAGCAGUGACUUCAUUGCAUAAAGACCACUACGAGAACCUGUAUUGUGUCAUUUCAGGAGAGAAGCACUUUAUUCUUCACCCACCAACUGACCGACCUUUUAUCCCAUAUGAAUUAGUUAAAGGGUUACUUUUAGUAAAGUUAGUUAAAAAUAUUUUAAAAUUAAAAAUUAUAUUUGGUCUUUUUCAGGUGCCUUGGAUUUCUGUUGAUCCACUGGAUCCAGAUCUGAGUAUGUACCCAGCAUACGGUCAGACACAACCACUGCAUGUCACCGUUAGGGCUGGAGAAAUGCUGUAUCUACCUUCUCUGUGGUUCCAUCAUGUGCGCCAAUCCCAUGGCUGCAUUGCAGGUAAGCAGGAGGAGAGAUUUUAA